CUUCUUUCUACCAUCUCUGUGACGUCCAUGAAAUUUUCAUCAAAACCAAGCCUCUCUACCAGUGGACAGUAGGACAUGAGGAGCUCUGAAUGGAGGACAAAAAAAAAGGAGUCCAAAAUGGCUACCCAUCUUCUGUCUGUGGCGCACCAGUGAGUGAUCAGACCAGCAACGACUGCCUCCAGGAACUGGACCAGCUCAACAAGGAGAUUGAAACUGUAAGCCACGAGGUGGAGAAGGAGCAAAGACGACUGUCACGCUACCAUACCACACACUCAGACAGCAGAAACACUGCAUCUGAUUUCUCUGUUUCCAAGUCUGAGACUGCAGAUACACAUGUAGACGGGGGUUCUUAUGGACUUUCUUCAUGCACAGAGUUUAUAAAGACAGGCUCCCAAGCAAGGAAAUACGUGGUUGACAAUUCAAAACCACGGACUGAUUUGGAAUAUGACCCCCUUUCCAACUUUUCUGCUGGUUUGCGGCAGAAAGGGAAAAAUGGACAGGGUUUGAAAAGGGAAAGAGACGUACCUUGUGACCAAAAGAAGCCUGUCACUCAGACUCAGCUUUCCCAGUCGCCACUUCCAGAGCCACUUGAUGACUCUAAUGAAGAUGGCAUCCUGAUUAUUGACGUUCCUCCCUUGCCUGACAAAAAAAGAAGCCGAACUCAGAAACUUGACUGUAUUGCUGAUAAGUUCCAGGGUACAGUGGAAAAAUUGAAGGAACUCAAAACAGCACCUGUUUUACGUAAUUCUCCACAGAAGUGCAAAGUCACAUCUCCAUGUGCAUCAAGUGAAAAAGUGGAUAAAGUUUAUUAUCAUUGUGGUGUUCAAAACAAUCAAUAUCUGUCUACUGUGUAUGGAAACGAUGGAUGUGAAAUUAUACCAGUUGAUGAGAGUGUAGUUGACUUAACAGGAUGUUCAGAAGAUCUAGUACGUAAAUGUCAGAAAAUUACUUAUCAGGCUGCGGAAACAGACGUGGAGACCAGUCUUGCAAGUCAUCUGGCCUCCUCAGACCAGCAAGACCAAAGUUGGAACAGCCAGAGAUUGGAAGAGGAAGAAAAGACUUUUCAGGUUGAACCGACUCAGUCUGAACUGUCCUGGAGUGUGGAAAUUAAUCCACUGCAACCUCAUAAUUUUCUGUCGAAGAAUUCACUUUUUUGUAAUGUUGCGGCUGUAAACUCACCAAACAGGCAACACACCAAGCAAGCCGAAUCAAGAGAUCAACCAGCUCAGAACGUAGUUGCUAACUACUGGUCUCCCAAGCAAAGAAUACCAUCAUUGGUGCCAGGCAGCCAGAAAAUGUCAAGCACAAUACCAGGACAGAUGCAGGGCACAGCUAUCAUUACCCAGACUUCAUCUGCAAGAUACCAAGGGCAAGUAGAACCAGCUUCAGGCAGCUACCAGUUUCAAACUCUGCACCCUUCAUCAACGUUGGCCAGAUCACAUUUGACUAACAGAGCUGAAUCAUCACCAUUGUCAUCUGAACCCACUGAGCAGCUUUUGUUCAAGGCAGGUAAUGAAGAAAUUAUAAUCAUCAUCUCCAGCUCAGAUGAGGAAGAGCUCAACUAUUCAGAUGUGGAACUGUCGGAUAGUGACCCAAUGGAAGAAUGCUACAGGAUCUUCAUGGAGGCAAAUAAUGAGCACAAGGGAAAUGAAGAGCAACCUGGUGUGUUUGUUGGAGCCAUGGAUGUGGAGAAGCCAGAGUUUAACAUCACACCCCAAGCAUUACCAGCAAAGAAGAGGAUGGCUCGUGAAGUCAAACAUACACAGCAGGUACAGCAGAGAGCCUCCGCCACCUGUCAGAGGAAGCCAGAGACCCAGACUACUGCUUGUCUUCCCACUCAUACCCCAGCAAACACACAACCUGCUCCUGUGCAAAACGCUUACAUGAACCACCUAUCUUUGGGAAAUGUGAUCGACGACGACUUGCACUUGAUCCUCCCAGAGGGCACCGUCCCUCUGCCUGUUACUUCAAGUUCCUGCCUAUUUACUUCAGUGCUGACCCCAGUCACUCAAGUGUAUACGAGCGCUGUCAGUGUCAAACAAGUAUACUAUUCAGAUGCAGAUGCCCUUGUGCCAAGAUACCGCACUACAGCACCUGUGCGCAUUCCUGCUCCAACACGUAAACCUUCACCGACCUCUGCUUUGGCACCCUCAAGUCCAGCUGCCUCUGCUACCCCUCAACCUGCAGUCAAUGCUGCUGCUGUUGCUGCUGCGAGGCCACCGCCUACUAAACGUAAACUGAAGCAACAGUGUGAGGCCGCCAAGGUCAAAGUGCCACAUGAUGUCCGACAGCGUUAUGUCAACAUGUUCACUGAGGAGUACCUUAAAAUAACAGCCAAUGCCAAUGAUGCUUUUGAAAAGGCUGUUGCUGAAGAGAGGACUUUGUACAAUCGCAGCAUGAACAAACUCAAAUACCAGAGUGCUGCAGUGAAUGCGCUGAAGAGGCUGAAGAACCAAAGUGCUGUUUCAGCUAAAGAUGAAAAUGAAGACAGCAGCCAAAGAUCCAAAGGCAACAUACCACUUAACCUGAAGAAGGUGAAAGGAGAAGCAGAUGAUAUGACAUUGUAUGAGAGUUUGAGGGAUUACAUUUUGUCUGAGGAAAGCCUGAUUGAGAACAACUAUCCUGUCCAGCACCCAGAGAAACCUGGUUCUGCUGCUCUUUUUGCUGACAAUAAGAAAGGCAACACAGACUCCCGCAAGCGGAUCUGCUGCCGGUGUGGGGCCACAUACUCUGUGAGCCAAACAGGCAAACACAUUCGCAAGGAGGAGUGCAACUACCAUUAUGGGAGAGGGGUUAAGCAUAGAGUGCCAGGUGGUGUGGAGACCCGCUACAGUUGCUGUGAAGGAGUCAUGGGAGCACCUGGAUGUCAGGUGUUUAAGUUGCAUGUCCAUGGUUCCCUCAGCCUGGAUGGGUUUGUGUCUACCAUCCCCAGAUAUCCCUCUGAUAUGAGCUGUCCUGGGGUCUACUCCUUGGACUGUGAAAUGUGUUAUACUGUUCAUGGUCUGGAGCUGUCCAGAGUGACGGUGGUCAACUCUAGUUUGCAGGUUGUCUACGACACCUUCGUCAGACCUGAUAAUGAGGUCAUUGAUUAUAACACCAGGUUUUCAGGCAUCAGAGAGGAAGAUGUGAAGGGUAACAACACUUCCCUCAGAGAGGUGCAGGAGACCUUAUUGAGCUUCAUUAGCGCCGACACCAUACUGAUUGGACACGGCUUGGAAACAGACCUCUGUGCCCUGAAGUUGCUCCAUGGGAUGGUAGUAGACACAUCAGUGGUCUUCCCCCACCGUCUGGGCCCCCCUCACAAGUUGACCCUCAACAGUCUCACUGCUGAAUACCUCCGGAGGAUCAUCCAAGAGAGUGUUUGUGGCCAUGACACUGCGGAAGAUGCUGUUGCCUGCAUGGAGCUUAUGUUGUGGAAGGUCAAAGAAGAUGGAAAACUGAAAAAAUGAUGGAAAUAAAACUAAAUAUAAUCCCCACACUGUUCACAUAUGACAUGAUAAA